AUGCUACAACAAUUUUGGAAAAGUUGGCCUAACGAACACCUAACUCAACAUCAAAGCCGCUGCAAGUGGAACAAGCCAAGUAAGAACAUUGAAAGGGGAGAUAUUGUCCUUGUUCGGGAAACCAACCUGCCGCCGGGAAAAUGGGCGUUGGGCCGCAUACAGGAAGUCCACCCGGGUUCCGACGGCUUAGUGCGCGUUACUACUGUAAAAACGCAAACUAGUGUAAUAAAGCGCCCCAUAACUACACUGUCACCGCUCCCACUGGUAUAUAAAAAACCCGAAAAGGAAAACGAGCAAGAAAUUAAAACUAAACGAGAAAAAAGAAACAACUCGGGCAUGAAAACUUUUUCAACAUUGUUUAUAAUGUUAGUAGCAAUGUUUACGUUGAUAACUUAA